GGGCAACAAGAUGGCCGCCGCCUCGACAGCACCUCAAUGUUAAUAUUUCAAUGCGACGUCGUUUGACGGAGUGAAAUUAAUUGGCUGCCAGUGAUAGAUCGGCACGCCGACAUGUUCCAGGUCAUUAGCGGCAGGAGCGUCCAGGCCUCCCGGCUCCUGGGAGCGAGAGGUGCCGUGCUGGUGGAGAGCGUCCGCGGAAGAAAGUCCCGCACGGACGAGGUGGCCAAGUCCAAAGCGGGUCGACUGAAAGUGCCUCCUCCAGUGGACCCGGUGGAGAUGGUCGUACUGAAGGAGAGAUAUUCUGAGUACCAGCUCAUCAUGAGGGCCCUCAGGAUGGAAUUCAAGCGAGAGAUGCUCAAGAAGAAGUAUGAGAAGGAGACGGGCUCCCUGGCGGAGGAGAGGCACAGACAGGAGGUGGCGGAGCAUCGGGAACUGAUGGCUUGGAACCAACAGGAGAACCGUCGCUUGCUCCAACUGAGAGUUUUGAGGCUCCAGAGAGAAAAAGAAGCGGCGGAACACAAAAUACUAGAAGCAGCUCUCAAGCGGGAACAAGAGGAGCAAGAACUGAUCGAGGAGAAAGAAAAAGAAAUUCUGCAGUUGCAGGAGGAUGCCAAGACCUUCAUAACCCUGGACAAUUUGGACCAGAGGAUCGAGGAGGCGCUGGACAAUCCAAAGAACUAUAACUUUGCUGUAGACAAAGAGGGACGGAUCGUGAAACAGACAGUGCUCCAGUGACGGACAAACUAUCUCCUUCGUCAAACUUCACUUCAGAUUGACUGAUAAACUGGAGACGUCACUCAAAGCAAGGUACAUCGACUGCUUUUAAGUCAGUCUCGGCAUUUUUGUCAGCUCAUCAUCACUGUCUUCGUGUGUAACGUAGGAAUUAAAAGCAUCUUUAUUUUACUGUGGAGAAA